UUUGUUCCUGACCGUUCGUUUUUCUCUCUUUAUAUAUACUCUGUUACUGCUCUUUUCUCUACAACUAAACUACAAUCAUCAAUGGCUGGUGUCAAAGCCAUAAACUCCAUUACAUCUCCCAUUCAUACAACAAGAAUUACCAAACUAACAAUUUUUACAGCCCCCACAUGGUUUCAGUCUAAACCAAAAUUUCAACUACUCAGAAGCAAAAAUGUUGGACUAUUUCUAGCUAAGUCUAGUGCAAAGCCAAAUGCAAAUCAAGAAAAUGCAGCAGAUGAAGACUUGUUAAAUGCUCCUAGUUCAAAUAUCCAAUCACAACCCACUUCAAAUCAAGAUUUAUCUUCCUCAAUUUCCUCAUUUUCAAGAGGUUUAGUAUUUGAUUUGGGACAAAAAGAUUCUUGGGACAGCUCUGACAUUGGUUCACCUGUGGUGAAAAGGUACCUUAGUGAUGAGGAAGAGAGAUGGUAUAUGUGGUACCAUGGGAGGUCUAAUAAUGGUAAAGAGUCAAUUGGUUUGGCUGUUUCUAGCAAUGGAGUCCACUGGGAAAGAGGUGAAAUGGCUGCUAAAUUGAGUGAUGAUGUGGGAUUAGUGAUGAAUUGUGGUGAUAAUUGGUGGGGUUUUGAUACACAAAGUAUUAGGCCAUGUGAGGUAGUGAUUAUGUCAAGUGCUAAAGUGAGAGCAAAUAGUUCUGUCUAUUGGCUUUACUAUACUGGUUUUGGUUCUGAAAAGAUUGAAUCUUUAGACAGUUCUUUAGAUUUCAGUUUAGAAAAUCCAGAAAGAAUGCAAUGUGAGGGUGAAAAUAGAAAGUUUUUUAAGUCCUUGCCUGGAUUAGCAAUGAGCCAAGAUGGUAGACAUUGGGCAAGAAUUGAAGGGGAACAUCAUUCUGGUGCUUUAUUUGAUGUUGGUUUAGAUGGUGAAUGGGAUUCUUUGUUCAUAGCCUCACCAAAGGUAGUUUUUCAUAGUAAUGGUGAUUUAAGAAUGUAUUACCAUUCAUAUGAUGUCGAGAAAGGGAACUUCGCGAUUGGCUUAGCAAGGUCAAGAGAUGGAAUGAAAUGGUUAAAAUUAGGAAAGAUCGUAGGAGGAGGAGGACUUGGCGCUUUUGAUGAACUAGGAGUGUUGAAUCCACACGUUGUACGAAAUCGAAAAGAUGGGAAAUAUUUGAUGGUUUAUGAAGGUGUGGAUGCAAAUGGGAACAGAAGUAUUGGGAUGGCGAUAUCUUCAGAUGGAUUAAAGGGAUGGAGAAGAUUUCAAGAAAAUCCAGUGUUGAAGAAAUGUGAAGAAGAGAGGUGGGAUAGUGAAGGGGUGGGAUCACCAUAUCUUGUUCAGAUGGAUGGUGAUGAAAAUCAUGAAUGGAGAUUGUAUUAUAGAGGGAUUGGGAACAAUGGAAGAACUGGGAUUGGUAUGGCAGUGUCACAAGGAAAUGAAUUCCAGAGUUUUAAAAGGUGGACAGGGUUUCAUUUCUGAGGCAUGUAGCAUUAUAAUAUGAGUCAUAUUUUUGGUUUUUACUGAAUUCAUUUACAUACUGAUAAAUCUUGCAAACAUCUCAUUCCUUGUUUGUAGUUUCCCCUUUUAUUUAUUUUUAUAAAGAAAAGUGGUGUCCGGUUCAGCUUGCUCGCCUCGACUAUUUCAACAGGCACCUAUUACUUUCCAUCAGUACAUGUACCGGUUAACUAUGUCCACUCAAAAUUUAUGCAAAUAGAAAGAAAUCACUUAGUAUUCCAUGCCUUGUUUAUACUAGUAGAUGUUCUGAGGUGUAUGAGUUUUAACAGUUAAAGCAAGGUCUGUAAUCUGGAGCUUGUCAACUGACUUGCUAAUAAAAGUUCUAGCUUUCUUGGAA